CCCGAGACGCGCGCCUCUCCUGCUGCUCCGUUCCUAGGCCGUGGGAACCCCCGGCGGACAGCCCGGCCCCGACGCCGCGCCCACAGCUCGAAACAACAACUGGACUUAUUCCAUAGAUACUAUUGAUGCUGAAAAUGCAAAAUGAAUGCCCUGCAGAGUUUCAUAAAUAGAGUUCCAGUCUGCCUUCUAUCUAAGUGAUGCUCAGCUCAACUUGUCCAUCUAUGAUAUCUGUUUGAGGUAUAUGAACUGAUAUAUACUAAUUCAAUUGUUUGGUCGUCCAACUCUGUGUCAUUCUGAAUAGUAGGCAUUUUUCAUCCUUUUGUUUCCCCUGCAUGGAAAGUCCCUGAUUGUUCUGGAGCGUGACACAAUCAAUACAAUAUCACCCACAAAUAGGAACAUCAGAGGACUUCAUUAUCCACUUUUACUCUGUUUCUGAUAUUUUCCAUGAUGUUGACAUAUAUCUUUGGGAUACACCAGAAGUCGGGGUAUUAGCCAUGGAGUCUCGUCAGAGUGAGAGCGGCACAGAGAGCGAAGAAAUAAAGAAAGAGGGGCACUUGGCCUCCGAGGCCAAAGUCCACUUCAAAGUGACACGGUUCAUCAUGGAGGCUGGUGUCAAGCUAGGGAUGCAAUCCAUUCCAAUUGCCACAGCCUGUACCAUUUACCAUAAAUUUUUCUGUGAGACCAAAUUAGAUGCAUAUGACCCUUACCUCAUAGCCAUGUCAGCCAUUUACUUGGCCGGUAAAGUGGAGGAGCAACAUCUCAGGACAAGAGACAUCAUCAAUGUCUCCCACAGGUAUUUAAAUCCCAAGAGUGAACCUCUAGAGUUAGACUCCUGGUUCUGGGAACUGAGGGAUAGCAUCGUUCAGUGUGAAUUACUUAUGUUGAGAGUUUUGCAUUUCCGAGUCUCCUUCCAGCAUCCCCAUAAAUAUCUGCUCCAUUACCUUAUUUCUUUAAAGAACUGGAUGAAUCGACACAGCUGGGAGAGGACUCCUGUCUCCCUAGCAGCCUGGGCCCUGCUGCGGGACAGCUAUCAUGGAGCAUUGUGCCUGCAGUACCCUGCCCAGCACAUAGCAGUAGCAGUGCUCUAUCUCGCCUUGCAGUGCUACGGAGUGGAGGUGCCUGCUGAUUCCGAGGCGGAAAAGCCCUGGUGGCAGGUCUUCAGCGAAGACCUUACCAAGCCAGUCAUUGAUAACAUUGUAUCUGAUCUGAUUCAGAUUUACACAAUGGACACAGAAAUCCCUUAAUUGCUGUAGGGCCAUCCAAGGAGAAGCAAAGCUUUGCUGGAGAACUGGAUUUGACCCCAUUAAUAGGGGUCACAAGUACAAAAAGUUGCCAAGUCGCAGGGAUCAACUUUGCAUCUGCAAAGGGAGAAGAACUAAACUUGGGUUGCUUUCUGAUGACAUUUUUAGGUACUGAUGCAGUGGAUGGGUAAUAAUAGGUGUUCCUCUUGAGCAGGUUUGAGAGCAUGUGAUGUUUGGAUGAUGAAAAAGAAAUGUACUGUGUUCAAUUGUCUUUUGCACCUUAAGAAAUUUUUGAAGAUUACUCCUUUGAAUUUGGUGCAAACUGUAUUUAGACAUCUCUUCAUUAAAACAAAAACCAAAAUAUCCUUUGGGAUGUCUUUUUAAGCCAUACAUAAACUUAAAUCUUCCAACAUAAUGAACAGUAUUUUGUUUUACAUAAUGAAAGAUAAAAAAUAUUUUGUAAAGCUGUGAAAAUGGGCAUAUAAUUUAAAAGCUUUUAAUGUCCUAUGGAUCAUACUGGGGAUAUGGGAGUGUAGGGAGGUGAUUUAGCCAUAAUUUAUUUUCCCAUUUUGUGUUAUUUUCCUUUCCCUGAAAUGUUAUAAAAUGUGAUCGUCUUUUAAACACAAAUGUUCUUUCAGGAAUCCCAUAUGUUAAUAAUCUUGAAACACCUUGAUCUCUGAAGAAUCAAAGCUUUCUAGUAAACACUGGGGCAAAGUACGCCCAUAGAGAAAAAGACAGUAGGGAUGGAUUAUUCUCAUCACCCAGAGAGGGCGUGCCCUCAUGGAUGAGUUCAUGAAUUGAUUGAAGUUUUGAGAGCCAACAGUUGGCCAAAGAAACAUCUUGUCUUAAAAUUUUAAUGUCAUUUCCAAAAUAAAUUUGCUGUUUAUAUGUUAAACCUGUUUGUUGGUUUCCUAAAUACAAUGAUUUUUUCUUAUGUUUCUGA